GUAACGGAUCUGAGAGCUGUCGGUGGUUCCUGUGUCGGUGGUGAGGAUCAGCUGUAACGGGACUGUUUAAAGAUGCUGAUGUUUCUGCUCCUCGUUUUCGUUUCCCAGCAUGCCUCAGGGGUGGAAGUAGAGCAGGGGGUUGAGUCUGUCCUGCUGCCCUGUCAGGUACCAGUUAAUGUUUCCAUGAGCUCCACAGCAGCAGUGUGGGACCAAGAGGAACUGACAAAGCCAAUGGUUCACGGACGUGUGAAGAGUGGUGAUGAUCUUUCUCUUCAAAAUGAUCGUUACACCAACCGAACAUCAAUGAGAGCCGACGCUCUGCAGACUGGAGACCUCAGCCUCACUCUGAGGAACCCCACAGUCUCUGACAGUGGAACCUACACCUGCACCGCCCGCAAGCAAGGACAAGAGCUGAGCCGGACUGAAGUACAGCUGAAGGUCACAGAAGCUCCUCCAGUCUGGCCCAAAGUCCUCUCAGGUGUCCUGGGUACUCUUCUUCUCCUGACUCUUCUCUGUGGUCUCUGUGUGUAUUUUGAACAUAAAAGGAUGAAGCAGAGUGAAGUUCCUCAAAGCGAGUUUGUGGAGGUGACACAGGGGGUGUAGUCUGUCCUGCUGCCCUUUAAAACUACACCUGACCUUUCUGAGGACGUCACAGUGGAGUGGACUCGCACUCAACCCAAACUCAUGACGGUCCACGUGUAAGAGAGUGGAAACAAUCAGCCGCAUAAACAAGACCAGGGCUACAGAGGUUGCACAGAGAUGAAGGAAGAUCCACUGAGAACUGGAGACUUCAGUCUGACCCUGAAAGACUUCUACCUCACUGACAGUGGACGCUACACCUGCACCGUCUACAACAAGGAUGGAAACGUGCUGCUACAGAAAUCAGUGACUCUCGCUGUCAGAGUUCCUCCUCCAGAGUGGGUGGAGGUGUUGGUAGUGACCGAAGGAGAGGAGUCUGUCCUGCUGCCCUUUAAGACCACACCUGACCUUCCUCAGGACGUCACAGUGGAGUGGACUCUCACUCAACCCAAACCCAUGAAGGUCCACGUGUAUGAGAGUGGAAACAAUCAGCCAGAUAAACAAGACCAGGGUUACAGAGGUCGCACAGAGAUGGAUGAAGACCCACUGAACACUAAAGACCUCAGUCUGACCCUGAAAGACCUCCACCUCACUGACAGUGGAGUCUACACCUGCACCGUCUACAACAAGGAUGGACACAUGCUGAUACAGAAAUCAGUGACUCUCAAUGUCACAGUUCCUCAGACAAAGAUGUUGGAGGUAACACAGGGUGAAAGGUCUGUCCUGCUGCCCUUUAAGACGACACCUGACCUUCCUCAGGACGUCACAGUGGAGUGGACUCUCACUCAACCCAAACCCAUGAAGGUCCACGUGUAUGAGAGUGGAAACAAUCAGCCACAUAAACAGGACCAGGGUUACAGAGGUCGCACAGAGAUGGAUGAAGACCCACUGAACACUAAAGACCUCAGUCUGACCCUGAAAGACCUCCACCUCACUGACAGUGGAGUCUACACCUGCACCGUCUACAACAAGGAUGGACACAUGCUGAUACAGAAAUCAGUGACUCUCAAUGUCACAGUUCCUCAGACAAAGAUGUUGGAGGUAACACAGGGUGAAAGGUCUGUCCUGCUGCCCUUUAAGACCACACCUGACCUUCCUCAGGACGUCACAGUGGAGUGGGCUCUCACUCAACCCAAACCCAUGAAGGUCCACGUGUAUGAGAGUGGAAACAAUCAGCCAGAAAAACAAGACCAGGGUUACAGAGGUCGCACAGAGAUGAGCGAAGAUCGAGUGAAAAAUAAAGACCUCAGUCUGACCCUGAAAAACCUCCGCUUUACUGACCGUGGAGUCUACACCUGCACCGUCUACAAUAAGGAUGGACACAUGCUGCUACACAAGUCACUGAUGCUCAGUGUCAGAGUUUCUCAGACGGAGAUGAUUGAGGUGACACAAGGAGAGACAUCUGUCCUUCUACCCUUUACAACUACACCUGACCUUCCUGAGGAUGUCAGAGUGGAGUGGACUCUAACUGAACCACAACAAAUGAAGGUCCAUGUGUAUGAGAGUGGAAACAAUCAGCCAGAUAAACAGGACCAGGAUUACAGAGGUCGCACACAGAUGAAAGAAGAUCCACUGAGAAAUAAAGACCUCAGUCUGACCCUGAAACACCUCCGCCUCACUGACUGUGGGGUCUACACCUGCACCGUCUACAACAAGGAUGGACUCAUGCUGAUACAGAAAUCAGUGAUACUCAGUGUCAGAGAUGUUGGGAUGCAGAUGGUGGUUACACAAGGGCUAAAGUCUGUAAUGCUGCCCUUCAAAAUACCACGUGACCUUCCUCAGGGCACCACAGUGGAGUGGAGACACAAAAGUGUGAAAGUCUACAAGUGCAUAGCUAUAAAUUUUGGCACACAGCACCAGCCUCGCAGAGAUCGUGCCAGGAUGGAUGGAUAUCCACUGACAACUGGAGACUUCAGUCUGACCCUUAGACACCCUCACCUCACUGACAGUGGAGUCUACACCUGCACCGUCAACAACACAUACAGAGACAUCCUGCUACAGAAAGUGGUGACUCUCAGUGUCACAGAUAACAAAGUGGGCGUGUUGGAGGUGACACAAGGGGAGAGGUCUGUGCUGCUGCCCUUUCAAACCACAGCUGACCUUCGUCAGGGCGUCACAGUGGAGUGGACACAUUCAGACUCCAAACACACCAAAGUCUGCGUGUUUCAGAAAAGCCAAAGCCAGCCAGACACACAGCACCAGGGUUACAGAGGUCGCACAGAGAUGGAUGAAGAUGCACUGAGAACUGGAGACCUCAGUCUGACCCUGAAAGACCUCCGCCUCACUGACAGUGGAGUCUACACCUGCACCAUCUACAACAAGGAUGGACACAUGCUGCUACAGAGAGUAGUGACUCUCAGUGUCAGAGCAACCUUAAAGGGAGCCAUGGCAGACAUGCUGGCACGUCUCAGGAGGAGGAGGGCAGCAAAACCUGAGAUUAAAGUGGAAAAGAGGAACAGGAACCAAGAACAGGAACGUCUGACUGCUGAAGAAACAGUCUGAGGAGGAGGAGCUGGUGAUGAAGAGCAGCCUGUGUGUAUAUACAGUAUCUCUUGUGUAUUGAGCCCUGAGGAAGAUGAAGGUCCAGCUUUGCUUUGGCCUUCCUCUGCUAACAGCUAACAGCUAACUAACCUCAGCCAGAUGUUCUGCAGCUGUUUCUCUAACAUUAGAAGUUUAUAAUGAUGAUGACCCUGAACGUGUUUCUGCUGUUCUGAUAGAGUGAAAAUGCUUCAUUUGAGUCAAAGGUCAAAGCUGCUGACUGUCAGGAAGCAUCAGAGCUUCAGAGAAGAUCAGACAAACAUCAUGACACACCCCCUCUGACCCACGGGUCCUCCCUGCUCCAAUCUGAGCAGGAAGGACCCGUUAGAUAAACAUGGACUCUGAGUGCAGAGCUGGUUUGGAGCUGUGGAGACUUACUAAGGAGUAAAGUGAACAUGAAGGAGUCACAGAGGGAGGAGGAGAUGAACAGUGACGUCUGUUAGACAUGAUCCGACUGAAGAGCUGAACAUAAGAAGAGUUUAAUGCUGGAUUUGAACAGAACAGGAAGAUAAGCUCCGCCCAGCAGCUGAGUCCUCUCUGCUCACACUGGUGUUGGACUGCAGACCUCAGGGAGUCUGCUUCCACAUCUGGUUUCCACAGCUGGAGGAAGGAGGACUGUCCCACGAGCACACCUAUGACCCUCUGUCAUUACUGAAGUAGUGAUGGUGUUUAAUCAGUGUGAGACUGUUUCACUGGUUCAAGCAGAGAUUUACAUAAAUGAGCUUUUAUGAGUUCUUAUAUUAUCUGAUCAGGCCGUUUGCUCCUGUUAAAGAUAAAUGUGCAUCGAACUUUGUGGAUAUUCAUGAGUCUAACAGUUUAAACCUGUGUGUGACUUUGUGUCCUUGAACGGCCCUGACAGACUGCUGUAGCCCAUAAUAUUCAUUUUUCCUGCUGACUAAAAUAAGCAGCUGAGCUCUGUGAGGGGAGAGCUGCUGCUAACAGGUGAGUCUGUUACCUGGACUGGACUGAGUGAGCUGCUGUGUCACAGCUUUAUCAGUGACACACUCAGCAUGUGUGUGUGUGAUAUGUCAUAGUGCUUGAUAAACACAUGAAAAUAUAUUAAAGGUUGAUUCUUUUUUUCUUUUGGUUUGUGGAACAAAAAUCAGCAAAGAAGAAACGCUGGCGUAAAACUUAGUGUAGAAGCGCAACAAAUGUAAGCCGGCUCAUUUGACGCUGUGACGCUUGAAAAGGAUUUGCGCACCUACAUCAUUAUUUACGGUUUAAAUUGUGCUGCCUUUAGGUGCACCUGGUAAAUUCAGGAAUCUCUACUCCAAACCACAGCAGGUUGUUUUAAAGGCUUUUCUGGGUUAAUGUUUGUUGGCAUAAACAUGUCUGUGAUUACUGUGUUGUUCUUUUUGAUGCAGUAUUUCAUGUAACUCGGUGCUAAAAUCAUAACAAUUAAGUUUAACAGUUCUAGUGCUCAUGCGUCAGCUAGCAUGCAGCCUGUUUCAGUUGCUCCUGUUUUUUCUAUUUACUCAAACUUUUUCUUACUUAUUUCUUUGUCCUUUACUGAGUGUGUUCAUCUGUUUAAAAGCUUUCUUUUCAAACAUGUGGAUCGACAGAGUUUUUGUUCUGCUGUUACUUUCACUGAGGAAUGGGACCACAGCACAGCAGCUACACACCAGAGAUCAGCUGAGCCGCCUGAUGCUCAGAUUAACUGGAGACGGUCAAACAGAUGUGUGACAGACUUUAAGGAGCCGCUGCCAACAAACCAGCAAAUAAACACUGAAUAUUUCAUGUGUGACAUUUGUGAGUUUGCCUUAAACACAGUCCGUCAGUCUUUUUGCUCUUGAACAAUAAAACAUUAA